AUGAGUACAAUAAAUAAUAAUUCUCUCUCAUUUGAAGAUAUUUAAAUACUUUUAGAUUUAAAUAUUAUAAUUGCUAUCGAUACUUAGUCUGUAGUCUAUAAAAUAUAAUAUCCACCUGUAAAUUACUUAUUAAUAAAGAAAAAUUUACACUAAAGCAGUUUAAUAUAGUUUUAUUUGGAUUUAAAAUAAAAUAUUUUCCUAAGUCUUAGUGCAGAUACAAAUCCAUAAAAUAUUUUUUAUGCCUAAGUUUAUCUUUAGAAUAAAAUAAUUUCUAACUCAUACUAAACCUCAUCAAAGUAUUUAGCUUUUUAUGUUUUAAAAGAUGCAAAUUAAAUAUUUUUUGUUGAUUCGCUUAACUAGCUAGUCUUUUACAGCUAUCCUGCAUUUCAGUUUAUUUAAACAAUCUAAAUUCCUUAAGAUAAUAUCAUACAGCAAGUAUACAUUAAUAAAAAAUAAAAAUAUGCCCUGAUAACAGAUUUUUUAGGUUAAAUUACUAUAGUCAGUUAUCCUUAAUUAAACAUUUCUACAAUUGAUUACUUAAUUAAUAAUGAAAUUUCUAUCUCAGGUUCUGUAGAUUUUCAAUUUUCUGAAUAGUUCUUUAUUUUUAUUGACCUGGAUAACAUUAUGUAUAUAUUCAAUUCUUCAAAUUUUGAACUGAUUAAAAUGUUUUUAGUUCAUGAUAUUUUUGAUAUCGCAAUAAUCUUAAAUAACUCGCUAUUAAUGUCAUACAACAUAUAUAACUAAAUAAUAUUUUAGACUUUGCCUGAUUUAAAUCUCUAAUCAAUAUUGACAAGCACUAAUAUAAUUCAAUUAGGAUAAUAUGUAGUAGAUAAUAAAUAUAAUAUUUUAUUCUAAGUUAUUGCUCCUGGAUAAGUAAUUGCUAUUGACUUAGAUUAAUUUAUUACAUUAACUUAUUACUCCUGUAUAUUUGGUUAUAUUACAUACCUUUAAAUAGAUUCUGAAAAGUAACAUCUUCUAUUUUCAUCAACAAGUAUAUUCAUCUACAAUUAUAAUGGUCAAAUUAUUAAUACUCUGAAUCAUGAUAGUGAAGUUACUGAGUUUAUAAUUGAUUAAGAAUGCUAAGUCAUAAUCAGCUAUACUGCCUAAGGAUUCAUCUAUCUUUGGGAUUAUUAAAAUGGAAAGCAAAUAAUAAAUCUUAAUUUUUAGCCAGAUUCUAUUUCAUUAAUUUACUUAGAUAAUAUAUUUAAUGUAAUUAUAAUUGGGCAUUUUAGUGGAGCUUUAAGGUAUCUUGAUUAUGAAUACAUCAUUAGUAGUUACUUAGAAAACAAAGAUUCUUCAGUGAAAGGUUCAUUUAGUUAGUAUUUCACAGUUUUAGGAUAAAAUAUAGUUUAUUAUGAUAGCCGAUCAAAUUACAUUAUAUCUCCUCUUUAAUCAGAGUAAAAUGGAUUAUAUGUAAUAGAAAACCUUGGAAUGAUUGGAUUAUCUUAAAUAAAUAAUUAAUUACAGGUUUUAUUACAAUAAAGACAGCGGAGAAAUUGCUGA